UCCAUCUCUUUCUAUUUCUCCACUCCUCUGUUUUUCAGUAGCUUCCUCUGACUCAUCCUUUCAUCCCCUCCCUAUUGUAUCACACGUUCUCUCCCCUUUCUGUGUUUUUCCUUCUCUCUCUCUCUCUCUCUCUCUCUCUCUCUCUCUCUCUCGUUCACCCAUUGGCUCGUUUUCUCUCUAUCCAUUUCCCCCUCCACCUGUCUCUUUGCUCAGGGUUUUCUGCCUUGACUUGGACUUUGUGAGGGUUUAAACGCACAGGAUGUCCAUUGUAAGCAUCAUUGCCAGGGAGAUCCUAGACUCCCGGGGCAACCCCACAGUUGAGGUGGACCUAAGAACUGAAAAAGGAUUGUUCAGGGCUGCUGUUCCCAGUGGAGCAUCUACUGGCAUUUAUGAAGCUCUAGAACUCAGAGAUGGAGAUAAGAAUCGCUUCAAAGGCAAAGGUGUACUCAAAGCUAUUGGCCAUAUCAACGACACUCUUGGACCUGCCAUCAUUGAAUCUGGUAUCAGCGUGGUGGAACAGGAGAAACUGGAUAACAUGAUGAUUGAGAUGGAUGGCACGGAGAAUAAAUCUCAGUUUGGUGCCAAUGCUAUUCUGGGGGUGUCCUUGGCGAUUUGCAAGGCUGGAGCAGCAGAGAAAGACAUUCCCCUGUAUCGCCAUAUUGCCGACCUGGCUGGAAACACUGAGCUCGUGUUGCCAGUUCCUGCCUUUAAUGUGAUCAAUGGUGGAUCCCAUGCUGGAAAUAAGCUGGCCAUGCAGGAAUUCAUGGUUCUUCCUGUCGGUGCAGAGUCAUUCCGCGAUGCUCUGCGUGUCGGCGCUGAGCUCUAUCAGACUCUGAGGGGCGUGAUCAAAGAGAAGUACGGACAGGAUGCCACUAAUGUGGGUGAUGAAGGAGGUUUUGCCCCAAAUAUCCUAGAAAACAGUGAAGCUCUUGAACUGAUCAAGACUGCCAUAGACAAGGCAGGAUUCACAGACAAGGUUGUGAUUGGGAUGGACGUAGCUGCUUCCGAGUUCUACCGUGAUGGGAAGUAUGAUCUCGAUUUCAAAUCGCCUUCAGAUCCUGAACGGAACAUCUCCAGCGAGAAGCUUCUAGAGAUCUACCAGAGUUUUGUCAAUGACUUUCCAGUUGUAUCUAUCGAGGACCCAUUUGAUCAGGACGACUGGCCAGCAUGGACUCGGAUGACUGCUUCUGUGGGGAUCCAGAUAGUGGGUGAUGACCUAACAGUUACAAACCCAAAAAGGAUAGAGAAAGCUGCAGAGGAACGUGCUUGCAACUGCCUGCUACUGAAGGUCAACCAAAUCGGCACAGUCACAGAGGCCAUCCACGCGUGUAAGCUUGCCCAGGCUAAUGGCUGGGGUGUGAUGGUCAGCCAUCGCUCUGGUGAGACAGAGGACACAUUUAUUGCGGAUCUGGUAGUUGGGCUCUGCACUGGACAGAUCAAGACUGGAGCUCCAUGUAGAUCUGAGCGUUUGGCCAAAUACAAUCAGUUGAUGAGAAUUGAGGAAGAGUUGGGUAAUCAAGCCCGAUUCGCUGGCCACAACUUCAGAAAUCCCAGCGUUCUGUGAGCUGUCCUGCGACUACAAAGUCCACACAACUAACACCACCAGACAGUAUGCACUGACUAAGACAGAUACAAUCCAGACAAAACAACCGACAGAAAAGACACCAUGCACUGUAACAGAUACCCAAUGAAUAUUUGCACUGAACACCUACUGACGAUAACUAAUCUUUUUUGACAAAAGCCCAUGCACUGGACCAUGUGGACAACAUGCACUACAGUUGGACUGACCACGAUAAUAAGCUACUAAUAUGCAUGGCAGACACUAGACAUGUCUGACAGGACAGACAGCUAAGUACAGUAGAACAUCCAGGAUGUAGGACAGACCUACACUGACACAAAAUGACCAGAGACAAUGCAAAGCGAUGGAGCAAAAGGGAACACACUAUGUCUUGUUAAUUAUAGAGUAAAUAAAAUUGAACUUGAUGCACAUGAAUGACUUUUAUCAACUGCAAAUGAAAAUGAAAAAAGAUUCUUGACAGACGGAGGGCAAGAGCUCUUGGUGCAUGUAGAGAUACAAAUCAAGAAAGGAAAGAGAAAAAAAAACCAGACCCUGUCAAAGAGAUGGACCAUCAGCUUACACAGAUAAACACACACACUCACACACACACACAUACACACACACACACACACACACACACAUAAAAGUACACACGCUCACAUUUGUGUGGAAGUUUCUUAACCUUUCACUAUCUUGACACUUUACUCCUUUCCUCUCUUUCUCUGCUGUUCCCCCAAUCCUUUACUUUCUUGAUGUUUCAUUGUCGCUGUCCUAGUUUCCUUCUGCCUUUGGUAUUAUUGCACACUUGGUCCACCAUGCUUGAAUUCCUUCGCUAUUUCUCUAUAUGUGGAAUCACUGUGGUAAAAGUGAAGAAGAAAUUGAUGGAAUAAACAACAUGCUUGCCAUAAAAAAUGUUAUGAAUUAAAGAGAUAAUUUACCCCA